AUGGCUUAUAUUUUUUUGGCUGCAGUAGGAGGAUUUGGCGCUUUAUUAUGUUUUUCUCUAGUGAUAUUUACGUUAAGCCGCCGCCAGCUACGGUCACCAAGUUAUGCUUCCUUUAUAAGCUUAUGUACUAAUGGGAUACUCUUUGGUAGUUUGUAUUUAAUGCCAAGGUAUGGCACAGAUUUUUCUCGUGAUACUCCUGUAAUUUGCCAUAUGUUACCACGAUUAGGUCAAGCACUUUUACUUAAUGUUGGUCUCCACGUUUCUGUAAUGACUAUUGAACGAUAUUUCGCUAUCGUAUAUCCAUUCAAAUACCAACGAUUUAUAACUAGAGGAACUGUAAUGGUUAUCAUCUUAUUUUUAUGGUUUCUGGUUAUUGGCUUGCAAGCAAUUGUUAGUGGACUCGAAUUCAUUCAAAUUAAUCAGACAGUUGCUAAUAAAUGUGCUUAUAGUAGAGGAUUCGAAAACACCAGCAAUCUUAUUAAUGCCGGAUUUAGCGUUGCAUUAAGCUGCUUAACGCUAAUCAUCUUAAUUUACGUAUAUACACUUGUUUUAAUCAUCAUAAGACGCCACCAAGACAAGAUUCGUCGGCAACUUACUCUAUCGAAUCCAGAUAAAAUAGCAGUUAAAACUCGUAAAAAAGCAGUAUUACAAACUGGUUUGCUUUUUGGUGUUUACUUGGUCUUCUUUUUACCUUUUCUUUUUGUGACUGCUUUUUUACCUCGUUUGCCAUUCAGCAAGCCGUUAUAUUAUUUUUAUAUCAACGUUUUGCGAAAUAUGGCGUUCAUUUUUCCGUUUAUUCAACCCUUGUUAUAUUUAAAAUUUACGGCUAAUAUUAACAGAGAGUUAAAAAGCAUUCUAGGAAAUCUUUCAGUACAUAAAAGUGCUGCUAGUAAUCCGAAUAUUGCUAUACUUACUUUUGAAAAAUCGAUAGAAGUGAAAAAUGCUACUAUAUCUGUAAUUAAGUCAAUUGAUGCAAAUGAAAUAAAGACAGUGCAUUCGCACCUCCUGCUAAGAUAUAUUGAUACAGAUGGAUUUUCUGAACAUAAUCUACUGGUAUAA